UAUCUUCACUCACAAAUCACACAAUUAAGCAAUCAACUUCUUAAUUCUUCAUCUAGCUAGCAUUAUAAAUCAUCAUGGGUGUUUUUAAUUUUGAUGAUGAAACCACUUCUAUUGUAGCACCUGCUAUACUUCACAAAGCUCUUGUUACAGAUGCUGACACUCUUACUCCAAAGGUUAUUGAUGCCAUCAAAAGUAUUGAAAUUGUUGAAGGAAAUGGCGGUGCCGGAACCAUCAAAAAAGUCACUUUCGUUGAAGAUGGUGAAACCAAGCAUGUGUUGCACAAAAUUGAGUUAGCGGAUGCUGCUAACUUGGCUUACAACUACAGCAUUGUUGGAGGUGCUGGGCUUCCAGACACAAUUGAAAAGAUCUCUUUCGAGGCUAAAUUGUCUGCAGGACCAAAUGGAGGAUCCAUUGCAAAGCUGAGUGUGAAAUACUUCACAAAAGGUGAUGCUGCUCCUAGUGAAGAGCAACUCAAGAAGGACAAAGCUAAGGGUGAUGGUCUUUUCAAGGCCCUUGAGGGUUACAUUUUGGCUAAUCCUGAUUACAAGUAAAAUAUAUAAUCAUCAAGUGCUUGCUUUAUACAUUAUUUGUUGUUAUACUAUACAUUGUGUGUUUUAUUUUAUCCUUUUGCUUUUGUUUGUAAAAGUGUGAGAUUGUAAUUCGUAUGUCUACGUUUCCUUCAAUACAUCAUAAUAAUACUUCAUCUAUUGUUGUUUA